AUGGCAUUCAAGUUUGUAGUAUUCGCGUGCUUGGUGGCGGCGGCCAGCGCUGGCCUGCUCCCAGCUGGCCAUGUCGCUUACGCGGCUGCCCCAGCAGCACAUGUAGCGUACGCUGCCCCCUUGGCAUACGCCGCUAAGGUGGUCGCCCCCGUCGCCAAGGUCGCCGUCGAGGAAUACGACGCGCACCCUCAAUACAGCUUCGCGUACGACGUGCAGGAUGGUCUCACCGGUGACUCCAAGAGCCAGCAUGAGAGUCGCGACGGAGAUGUCGUACAGGGCUCUUACUCCGUGGUAGACCCUGACGGUACCAAGCGUACCGUGGACUACACUGCUGACCCCCACAACGGAUUCAACGCUGUCGUGCGCAAGGAAGCUCUCGGACACGUCGCUAAAGUGGUCGCCCCCGUUGUCGCCAAGGUAGCUGCCCCAGUCGCCUACCACGCCGCCCCCGUGGUCGCUAAAGUCGCCGCCCCUGUGGCCUACCACGCCGCUCCCGUGGCCUACCACGCCGCCCCUGUCGUGCACGCUGCUGCUCCCGUCUACCACUCCGCCCCCGUCGCGUACCACGCUGCCCCCGUCGCCUACUCCGCUCCCGUCUACCACCACUAA